UCAAAAAUCGACCAUUUACCCAUCACUGCAUCCUUGUAUAUCCCUGCAGACUUUUAUCUGUAUGCAUUAUAAAUUUAUAAAUUUAGUAUACAAUCGGUAAAUACAUAUCUGAUAAGGGUCAGUUGAAUUAAAAGACACUCGUUUCGAUAAAAAUAGUGUACUGAAUGUAGAAAAAAGUUUCCAUUCAUAAAAGACAGUAUAUUAAAGGCAAAGUUGUCAAGUAGAUGAGAAAUUAAAAAUGAGUGAAGCAAAAGAUAACCCUAAUCAGAUGGAGGUUGAUGAGAAUAAUGUUGGUCCUGAGGCACCAAUGGAAGUUGUAGGUGACGGAAAAGUGUUUACACCAUUACUUUUGACCAGUACUUUUGCAAAUAGUACACAUCGAGUUAUGGCAUCUUCAGGCACCGUUGGAUCAGUUUCUAUAAGUCUUCAUCCGCUUGUUAUAAUGAAUGUUAGUGAACAUUGGACGAGACUUCGGGCACAAGAAGGCAGUGAUCAACUUGUUUACGGUGCACUAAUUGGCAAACAAAAAGGCCGUAAUAUUGAGAUAAUGAAUUCAUUUGAACUACUUUUUACUACCAUUGGUGAUGAUAUUAUUAUUGACAAAGACUACUACAACUUAAAAGAGGAACAAUUUAAACAGGUUUUUAGUGAGAUGGACUUUUUGGGAUGGUACACGACUGGUGAGAUACCAAAUGAGAGAGACAUCAGUGUACAUAAACAGCUAUGCGUUAUCAAUGAAAGUCCUGUUCUCUUGAAACUCGAUCCCAGACCAAAAAAUACUGAUCAAUUGUCGGUAUCAAUGUACGAAUCCGUUAUUGAUUUGGUUAAUGGGGAAGCCACCAUGCUUUUUGUUCCACUAACUUAUACGUUGGCAACUGAAGAAGCUGAAAGAAUUGGGGUUGACCAUGUUGCCCGUAUGUGCAGCAAUGAUUCCAAUGAAAGUUCGCUAGUUGUUGAGCACCUAAUGGCUCAACAUAGUGCCAUUAAAAUGUUGUAUCAACGAGUCAAACUUAUUUUGGCGUAUCUGCAAGCAGUUGAAGCUGGAGAAUUCAAAGGAAAUCAUGAGAUUUUAAGAGCAGCAAGAUCACUUGCACAUCAUCUACCUGUUCUCAAUAGUGAAAAAUUCAAAUCUGAGUUCUACAAUCAAUGCAACGACUUCAGUCUUAUCACUUACCUGGGAAUCAUCACUAAAGGAUGCAAUGACAUGAACCAGUUCGUCGGCAAAUUUAAUUUUUUAUAUGAACGAGCUGGUAUUGGUCCUGCACAUACAAGACGCAUCCGGAAUUUAUUCUUCUAAAAAUUUUUUACUUAAAGUUAUUAAUUUAUAAAAAAAAAAUUCUGUUGAAACAAUUCAAAUAUUUCAGAAAUUGAAGGAUUUGUAUCAUUCAAGUUAUCUUGUAUCGAUAUAUAAAUAGGUAUUGAUGAUUAAAUAAAUAAGUUUAGAAGAAACUUUUUUUUUUUUUA